UGUUGUCAGUGGAGUUUAUGAAGAUGUUUUGCCCGUUUUGUGGACAACAUAUGAGCCAGUUAACGCGGUUUUGUUUUUCGUGCAGUCGGUCUCUACAGUGCUUAAGGGACAUGGACAUGACAGAAGGACCAGACAUGCUGCAGCAGUGCAUACAAUAUUUUAAUGAGGGCCACUCAUAUGCUGUAAUCGUGGACAUGAUGUCAUAUUUAAACGGUGUACACAUCAGUUUGAGGUCUCUGAAAAGCACACUGAAUGAAGACGGGUUCUAUCGUAGAAAGGAUUACUCCUCUACAACAACGCCAUAAUUAGGGCCAUCCGAUUGGAACUUCGUGGACCUGGACAACUGUUUGGCUACCGCAUGAUGUGGCAGGUACUCAGACAAAAGUACAAUCUACGAGUGAAGAGGCAUCAUGUAAUGAAUUUGCUUCAGGAGCUUAAUCCUCGAGGGUGCAAGAGGAGAGCACGCAGAAGGUUUUUAAGAAGAACCUACCACUCCAUGGGACCGAAUUAUAUGUGGCAUGCUGAUGGUUAUGAUAAACUCAUGCCAUUCGGGUUGGCCAUUUCAGGAUGCAUCGAUGGAUUUUCACGUAAAAUACUGUGGCUUGCAUGUGGACCAACAAAUAAUGACCCAGCAGUGAUCGCUCACUAUUUCCUGUUAUGUGUGCGAAACCUCAGUGUCAUCCCCAUGAGACUGAGGACUGAUUGCUGCAUGGAGAAUGGGACCAUGGCUGCAAUUCAGUGUACCCUAUGCCACCACCACAAUGACUACUACUCUGGAGCGUCCAGCCACAUGUAUGGCUCAUCCACAAGCAACCAGCUGAUUGAGUCCUGGUGGUCCAUAUUCAGGAAGGGAAGGUGUCAGUUCUGGAUGGAGCUAUUUGCAGACCCGAGAGACGUUGGAUACUUCAACGGGAGUCACAAGCAUCAGCGUCUGUUGAGAUAUUGCUUUGGUGAUGUUAUUCAGAAGGACUUGGACGAGUGCGUGAGAUUGUGGAACAGUCACAGGAUUCGCCCUUCCAGAACAGCAUCAUGUCCAGGAGGAGUGCCCAGUGAACUCUACUACAUUGGUGAUAGUUUAUUUGUAUUUGUUUUACAAUUAUGUCUUCUGUUUAACAUAGGUUUGGCUCCAGAGACUGUGGAUUUAAAAUUGAACAGGCCGAAUUGGAUGCCUUUCCUGAGGCUCGCCUUUCAAUAGCUCCAUGUGGGGACCCAAACAUGCAGGAGUACUUGGACUUUGCCAUGGAGCACAAUCAGUUACAGAAGACAGAGUACUGGCAGUCUGCAUAGGAACUGUAUCUGAAACUAAAAGAAAUUAUUCAGCUAUGAACUGAAAUUGAUAAAAAAGGGAGGUUUAUUGGCAAUGGUGGAACAUUGCUGUUUAUCUGAACACAA